UUUUAUAAAAUAUCUAAUUUGUUCCUUAUUUAAUUUUUAUUUAAUUAUGUAUGAUAAAUAUUUUUAACAGUUGUUUUUCGCAGUUCUGGUCCUUCGGGCCGAUUUAUCAAUCAAUAUCUGGCUUAGCUCUUGAGUUGCAUUUCCCGCUGUUUGUGUAUCUGUUUGCUAAUGGUGGACGUUUGUUUAUGAUAAAUUCUGCCAUUUUAGCUACAUAAAAAGUGCAUAGUAAAAUUUAGUUGCCAUAUAUUUUUCAAUAUUUAAUCUAAUUUGUUGUAUUGUCAAUUUUUUAUUUAAUCUGCUUUGUUAAUUGUUUUUAAUGCAAAGUGUGAACUUACAAUGGGGAGCAGAAGUAGAUCUGGACGUUUUGAAAGAGAGGACAGGGGUCGUGGAAGUCGAGAAGAAUCAUUUAAUUAUAGAGAGGGUGAAACAUCAGAUUCUAGGCAAAAACCCCCACUUCUACAAUUCACUACGGACAUAAAUCCUGCAAUUUUUUCUGGACCUAUUCCUCUUCCGUUGAAUCAGUCUUCCAGUAGAGGCCAAUUUAGCGGUAAUUAUCGCAGUGAAUGCUACAGUCCUGAUAAUUCUCAUGAAAGAAAAGGCCGUCGAGAUUCUUAUAAUUAUGAUGAUGAUGAGAGAAGAUCCAGGCGCCAUGAACGAGAUCGUUAUGAUCGGGAUAGAGACUAUGAUCGUGGUCGUGAUCGCAGCCGGGAUAGAGACAGAGGCCGUGAACGUGUACGAGAUCGGUCAUAUGAGAGAGAUGAUGAUCGUCGAAAUAGAGAACGUGAAAGGGUGGCAUCACGAGAUAGAGAUUGGAGGGAAGAAAUCCCUAAUAAUACUCUUAUGGUACGAGGGUUAGAUGGUAGUGUUACAGAAGCUGAUAUUGAAAAUGAAGUUGUGCGUUAUGGUCUUAAACCAAAAGACAUCAGAUUAAUUAAGGAAAAAGGAACAGGUGCAUCUCGCGGCUUUGCUUUUGUGGAGUUUCAAUUACUAUCCGAAGCCGUACGUUGGAAGGAACUUACCAAGGGUGUUGUAGUAUUCCAUGGAAAUAACAGGGCUAGUCUUCAUUAUAGUAUCCCAAAAGAUUUGUUAGGAGCUGAGCGUCAUGCAUUGAACAAAGCUGAUUGGGAUUGUCCAAAAUGUGGAAUGAACAAUUUUAAGAGGAGAGACUACUGCUUUAAAUGUGGUUCUGCAAGAGAAGAUACAUUUGAAUGGCAACAUGGAGAUUGUUAUAAUGAAAUCAGCUCUACUCCUUCAAAUACUUUGCUAUUUGGAAAUCUUGAUGUUUUAACUACAGAAGGUAGAGUUCUAGCUAUGUUAGGACAGUUGACAACUCUUCCAAUUAAAAGCCUACGAGUAGCAAAAGAUUCUUUAACAAAUACUUCACGUGGUUAUGCAUUUGUCGAAUUAAAUUCUACUUCAGAAGCAAUUCAAUUAUAUGAACUACUGCUAUCAAUGGGUGGAAACUUUUAUGUUGAUGGAAGACAAGUUACUGUGUCUUAUGCCAAGAGAUCUUUAGCAUCACGUAACAGUUCAGGCAGUGCUAAUGCCGCUAGUGUUGCUCUCGCUGCGGCACAGUGGACAAAUCAGAAACAAGAAGAUUCCUAUGACCAGUACUAUGGGAUGUCUGCUUCUGGUGCUGCUUCAGCAUCUGUAGACAACACUCAGUAUUCAAAUCUGGACACUUCUGUUCCAAAUCAGGCUCAUAUGGCAAGUUUAGGGACUGUGAUUGUGAAUGGUAUAACUUAUUAUAAAUAUCCAUUGCCCGAUAUUUCAACAUACCAGUAUGAUGAAUCUUCUGGUUAUUAUUAUGAUGCGUCAACUGGUUUGUAUUAUGAUGCUAAUUCACAAUAUUAUUAUAAUUCUGAGUCUCAGCAAUAUCUGUAUUGGGAUGGUGAACAUCAGACCUACUUGCCUGUGGCAGCUACUGAUGGAACUGUUCAGUCAAUCAUUUCAUCUCCACCUACUGUUACACCUCAAGGGAAUUCCAGUGCUAAUUCUACAGAACCAGAAGAACAAGAGAAGAAUAAAAAUAAAAAGGAAGAAAAAUUGGACAAAGUAAAGAUUGCAAAGAAAAUAGCUAAGGAUAUGGAGAAGUGGGCUAAAACAUUGAAUCAGAAAAAAGAAAAUGCAAAGCUGGGGAUUGUUGCAAGCCCUCCUGUGUCAAUUGCUCCCACUCAUAUUACAAUGGCCAGUGAUAUGUCAAGGCAUUCUGCAACGGCUGAUGCUGGCUUUGCCAUCCUGGAAAAGCGUACAACACUUGCAGAAAGAAAUGCACUAAUGGCUGAAUUGGAUAAUAAACUUAGUGUAUCAGCAACCAAAACAACACUUGUUUCCUAUGGAGAUGAUAGUGAUUCUGAUACUGAACCCGAUUCAUCACAGCCAAAUAUAAAGAAACUUGAAAACAAUAAAAUAGACGAAUCCAAAUUUGUGGAUUUAUCAAAAAUGGCUUGCCUGUUGUGCAAGAGACAAUUUCCUAAUAAAGAUGCUUUGACUCGACAUCAGCAAUUGUCAGACUUGCACAAGAAAAAUUUAGCCAAAAUAAAUGGGAGCACGUAGUGAAUUGGGAAGUUAGCCCAUGUCUUUCUGUAGAUCCUCAAAAUUUCAGCUGUGUAGUUUCUUUUUGUCAGUCUGCAAAUUCAAGAGUGGUUCUAUUUGACAUCUUGAGGAAAUUUUGAGAUUGUCUUUAUGUGUCAGUUGGAAGCAAUUCCUCACCGAUUCUUUUAUAUCAUUUCUGUGUAUCAUUACUUCCAAUAUAAGAACAUUUUCUCACUGUAACAUCUAAUCUUCCAUCUUGUUUUUCAUUAUUU